CUUCCCCCUCGCAUGAGCCAAGGCAGCUUUGCAGGCACUACCCAUGAUGGGGAGGGGUCUUAGGAACCCGGCUUCGCCUCCCCUUCACACACUACACCCCCAAACAGCAGAGGGUCGUGGGGGUCUGGGCAUCUGCCCUCUCCCUCUUUUCCAGUUGUGCUCUUCGGGGCUCAGCAGCCUGGCUGUUUUGAGCCCUGAUGCCCUUGGCCUUGGUGUAAAUGGAGGCUCAGCAUGUGGUUUGGGGCAGCUGGAGAAUGUGAGGUGCUGAGGUAGGCAGGUGGCUGAAGAGCCUGCAGACUGUCCAGGCAGGCGGGGUGGGCAGGGAGGGCACCUCUCCCUCCUCACUGCCAUGUAAGGCAUCCACAUUCUUUCCCAGUGCCCUCCCUCCCGGGGCCUCCGGAGCAGGGGCUGCGCAGGAAUUCGAGCAGCAGGCUGACAACUGCGGCUCCGGGAGGGGCAGGAAACCCCUGUUCAUUUCAUGUUCCUGUCCCCCCAGCCUCAAACCCUCUCCUUCCUAACAGGCCAGCUGCCCUGGAAUAGGCCCUGGGUGCAGCACCUCCACCCGUCUCCUCCGAAAGUCCAGAGUGGAAAUUCAGUUCCCCAAUAUGUAAAAUGAAGAUAACGCCUUAAGGAUCCCAGAAGAGACCUCGCAUGUCCACCAGGCCCUGCCCCGCCGCCAGCCCACGCUCCAUGGCCCACUGCCCCUCCAGCUUUGUGCACGCUCUGUUAAUUCCUCAAACCUGCCCAGCUCCUCCAUUAUCCUUCGGGGAUCUUCAUAUACACAUUGUCUCUGCCUGGGGUGCUUCCCCUGUCUCUUCUGCUAGUCGAUCCCAAUGAACUCGGAUUAAACAUCACUUCCUUUUGGAAGAAGCCUUAGGCUGGGCGCCCUUACAUUUCUUCACACCAUCACAGCUAAUGUAAGUCUUCCCUAAGUACUGCCCAUGGUUUCUAGGUCCCCCGGAGAGGGGUGGCGUGCCUGGUACUAAACAAACUCCGCAUAUUUACUGGGUGUUUGGAUGAACGGGAGGAAAGCGAUUCGCGUGUGAAAGCGCGUCGGGUCUGAAGACGCCCGUGAAGGAUCGCGGGUCACACCGGCUCCAGGCUCCCGAGGUUGCCGGGGUCACGCGCGCCGGCACCACGAGCGGUCAGCAGACACCCUCGGGCGGCGUCUGGGACCCGGAAGCCGCUCUCCCGGCUGCCCGCGGUGUUUUGCUUUCGGUUCCACGUGACCUGAGACUCGCCGCGGAUUGGGCCCGGGGCGCCCCGCCCCCCGGGCCCGAGUCCCGAAUAGGUUUCCCGCGGGACCGCGGCCGGGUGGAGACCGCGGACCAUGCAGGCGGCGGCAGCGGCCGCGGCGCUGGGGUUCCUGCUCCUGCUCCUGGCGGGGGCCUCGGCCGGGGACGAGGCCCGAGAGGCGGAGGCCGUGCGGGCGCUGCUGGCCCGACUGCUGGGACCCGGGCCGGCGGCCGCCUUCUCGGUGUCGGUGCAGCGCUCCCUGGCGGCCGAGUCCGGCCUGGACACCUACCGCCUGAGCGGCGGCGGCGGGGCGCCAGUGCGGGUGCUCGGCUCCACGGGCGUGGCGGCCGCCGCCGGCCUGCACCGCUACCUGCGCGACUUCUGCGGCUGCCACGUGGCCUGGUCGGGCUCUCAGCUGCACCUGCCGCAGCCGCUGCCCGCCGUGCCCGACGAGCUGACCGAGGCCACGCCCAACAGGUACCGCUAUUACCAGAACGGGUGCACCCACAGCUACUCCUGGUGGGGGGACUGGGCCCGCUGGGACAGAGAUUGACUGGAUGCACUGAGCAUCAACUUGGCACUGGCCUGGACGGGCGGGGGUUGCCUUCCUCCUCAGGUGUACCUGGCCUUGGGCCUGACCCAGUUGGAGAUCGAUGAGUACUUCGCUGGCCCUGCCUUCCUGGCCUGGGAACGCAUGGGCAACCUGCACACCUGGGGUGGCCCCCUGCCCCACUCCUGGCACCUCAAGCAGCUUUACCUGCAGCAUCGGAUCCUGGACCGGAUGCGCUCCUUCGGCAUGAUUCCCGUGCUGCCUGCAUUCGCAGGGCAUGUCCCCAAGGCUAUAACCAGGGUGUUCCCUCAGGUCAAUGUCACCCAGAUGGGCAGCUGGGGACACUUCAACUGCUCCUACUCCUGCUCCUUCCUUCUGGCUCCCGAAGACCCCCUGUUCCCUGUCGUGGGGAGCCUCUUCCUGCGGGAGCUGACCAAGGAGUUUGGCACAGAUCACGUCUACGGGGCCGACACGUUCAAUGAGAUGCAGCCCCCCUCCUCAGAGCCCUCCUACCUCGCCACAGCCACUGCCGCCGUCUACCAGGCCAUGGUCGCAGUGGACCCUGACGCCGUAUGGCUCCUCCAAGGCUGGCUCUUCCAGCACCAGCCCCAGUUCUGGGGCCCACCCCAGGUGGAGGCCGUGCUCAGGGCAGUGCCCCGUGGCCGCCUCCUCGUACUGGACCUGUUUGCUGAGAGCCAGCCCGUGUACGUCCGCACAGCCUCCUUCCAGGGCCAGCCCUUCAUCUGGUGCAUGCUGCAUAACUUUGGGGGCAACCACGGCUUGUUUGGGGCCCUGGAGGCCGUGAACCGAGGCCCCGCAGCCGCCCGCCUCUUCCCCAACUCCACCAUGGUAGGCACGGGCAUGGCCCCUGAAGGCAUUGGCCAGAACGAAGUGGUCUAUGCCCUCAUGGCUGAGCUGGGCUGGCGCAAGGGCCCAGUGGCGGAUCUGGGGGCCUGGGUGACCAGCUUUGCGGCCCGGCGGUAUGGGGUCUCCCACGAAGGCACAGAGGCAGCGUGGAGGCUGCUUCUCAGGAGUGUCUACAACUGCUCCGGCGAGGCCUGCAAUGGCCACAAUCGCAGCCCGCUGGUCAGGCGGCCAUCCCUACAGAUGGUAACCACUGUCUGGUACAACCGAUCGGAUGUGUUUGAGGCCUGGCGGCUGCUGCUGACAGCCACCCCGACCCUGGCCACCAGCCCAUCCUUCCGCUACGACCUGGUGGACCUCACUCGCCAGGCAGUCCAGGAGCUGGUCAGCUUGUACUAUGAGGAGGUGAGGACCGCCUACCUGAACAAGGAGCUGGUCCCCCUGCUGAGGGCGGCAGGCAUCCUGGCCUACGAGCUUCUGCCCUCCCUGGACAACAUCCUGGCUAGCGAUAGCCACUUCCUGCUGGGCAGCUGGCUGGCGCAGGCCCGGGCAGCCGCGGUCAGUGAGGCCGAGGCCCAUUUCUAUGAACAGAACAGCCGCUACCAGCUAACCCUUUGGGGGCCAGAGGGCAACAUUCUAGACUACGCCAACAAGCAGCUGGCAGGACUGGUGGCCGACUACUACACCCCCCGCUGGCGACUCUUCCUGGAGACGCUGGUCGACAGCCUGGUCCGAGGCAUCCCCUUCCAGCAGCACCAGUUUGAGACGCAUGCCCUCCAGCUGGGGCAGACCUUUGCCCUCAGCACACGGAGGUAUCCCAGCCACCCCCAAGGCGACACUGUGGACCUGGCCAAGAAGCUCUUCCUCAAAUAUUACCCCCGGUGGGUGGCUGGCUCCUUGUGACAGAUUAGUCACCCCUGGGCCAUGUUCUCCCCAAACUCCAAGCCUGGGCAGGUUCCGGGAGUCCGGAGCUGGGCAAGCGUCACUGGAGGUCCCCCAAGCCUGGGCGAAGGGACUCAAGACCUGCCGGUCAGAUCGAGGUUAGGGGGUUUGGGGGGAAGUGAGCUGCCCUCCUCCACCACCCCAAAUUCGGGACCAAAGCACUGUUUUAAUACAACUUAAUAAACUGGUGAAUCACC